UCUUAGGAAAUCUACCAGACGGGUUGCAACCAAUUUCCCUCGCCACCGAUUUCGAUUGUCACACUUAACCUUUCAGUGCGGCAUCACAUCGCAGUAAAAGAAAACUACGCUGUUCUUUUUCUACAAUUACUGGCGUACCUGUUUGAAGUUACACCAAUGGAAGGACUUCAAAAAAUGCGUUUGCGCAUUUCUUCUUUGUCAGCCUAUUGGAAAACCUACGUUUUAGUGCUGUUGCCGUUAAUUCUUUUACCGCUACCGAUCAUGGGGAGUGGAAAGGAAGCACGAACAGGCUUUGUAAUCAUCAUAAUGGCAGUUUACUGGAUGACGGAAGCUUUGCCUGUACCUGUUACUAGUCUGCUUCCUGUCGUCCUCUUCCCUUUACUUGGCAUUAUGAAUACAGGAAAAGUCUGCACUGCAUACAUGAAGGAAACAAACAUGAUGUUUAUAGGAGGCCUGAUGGUAGCUUUGGCAAUCGAGCAUUGCAAUUUGCACAAGAGAAUUGCUUUGAAAGUUUUGCUUUACGUCGGCGCUAGUCCUAGAUGGUUGAUGCUAGGAUUCAUGUUGACCACCAUGUUUCUGUCCAUGUGGAUUUCAAAUACAGCUACCACUGCCAUGAUGGUUCCUAUCGUUGACGCCGUGGUACAAGAGCUGUUUAAGGACAAGGUGGAGGAAACGAAGAAAGAUUCAGACGUCCGUGUAAUUCCAAAUGGGUUGUCGACCUCUUCAUCCUCGCUCGAUAUUGAACAUACGUUUGAAAGCAUUUGCCAGAAUUCUGAAACAGGAUCCGUAGAUUCCGUUGCUGACUACGUUGGUAAAAGCUGCAUGGAACUGACAACCUCUGGAGAGCAAAGAUGCGCCGACAACCCUGAUGACAAAAAGAAAAUCGGUAGCUGUGUACUCAUGUCUAUUGCAUACGCUUCCAAUAUUGGAGGUACUGGAUCUCUCAUAGGUUCCGGUCCGCAAUUAGCCCUUAAAGGAAUAUUGAAUGAGUUGUAUGGCUCAGAUUCUGGUUUGAAUUUUGCCACAUGGAUGGCAUUUAAUGUUCCAGGGAUGCUUAUCAACACAUUCUUUGCAUGGAUAUGGCUCCAGUAUUUAUUCAUUGGAUUCAAGCGAACAACGGUAGACGAAAAAGGAAAAGCUGUAAUUGUUAAAAAGCUAAUUAGGAAAAAGUAUGAAGAAUUGGGACCAAUGACCUUUCACGAACUGGUGACACUCAUUUUAUUCGUUUUGUGUGUUGUGCUCUGGUUUUUCCGCGACCCGCAAUUUAUCACUGGAUGGUCCGAAUUCUUACCUGCCGUAGAAGUGGAUGAUGCAACUGCAGUAAUGGCUAUCGUCAUGCUUUUUUUCAUCAUCCCAGCAAAGCCAAAAUUUUGGUUCAGUAAUCCAGGAGAAAGAAAUUCCGAUCGAUCCAGUCCUGCCCUUUUGGAAUGGAAGUAUGUACAGGAUAAACUACCGUGGGGAAUCGUUCUUCUUUUAGGCGGGGGUUUCGCCAUAUCCGAUGCCUCAAAAAUAUCCGGACUUUCUACUUGGCUUGGAAGUCAAUUAGCUGGUUUAAGUGUCCUGCCUCCAUUUGCAAUAAUGAUGAUUAUUUGCAUCAUGACCGCUGCCGUAACGGAAGUCGCAUCUAACACAGCUACAGCCAAUAUCCUUCUACCUAUUUUGUCUGAAAUGGCAAAUACUGUACAAGUCAACCCACUAUUUCUGAUGCUGCCUGCAACGGUCACUUGUUCGUACGCCUUCAUGUUGCCAGUGGCCACUCCUCCUAAUGCAAUUGUUUUCGCUGCAGGGAAAAUGAAUCCGAUUGACAUGAUGAAGGCCGGUUUCUUCAUGAACAUAAUAUGCGUUUUCACCAUUUGUGUGCUGACUACCAGCUUUGGUAGUUUGAUAUUUGGAUUCAACGAGUUUCCAGAGUGGGCCAUUCCCAAAGUAUCAAACGAAACCAUAGUUACGGUUUUACUUAUCUCAAACUACACCACCCAGUGAAGACAAUCCAAGAAAUAGAAUUGAGUGUGGAUGUAUAUAUAGGGUUAAUCUCAACAAAACUUUUGCACACUUAUUUUGAUGAAUGGUUUUCUAUGUUAAUGCCGGCUUGUAGAAAAAAGAGCGCCAUGAUUUUCAAUGAAAGAAA